AUCUCGGCGGAGAACACGGUCUGACGAGCGAGGGGAGAACAAACAGCGGACAUUUAAACGACAGGAUGUAAUUAAAAAGAGACAGAUCAGAGGUUUGGGAGGACGGCGCAAGGAGUGUGAUGUGGAUGCGGGAGGGCUCAAAGCAGAGUGAGACCGGAGGGGGAAAGCUCGAGGGCGAGGAGGCGGCGCGCGCGCGCAGGCGCGAGCAGCUUGCGAGCGGCGGCGCGCCGUUCCGUUUCGCGAAGUCCGCGACGAGGCGGUGUGGGCGAAAAGCGCUGAGGGGCAAGCCCCCCCCUCCCUUCCCUCCGCCGCCGCCGUGGGUUCCUUCAGCGCGCGGAGCGCACCGGCGGGCACACAGAGACGCGUGAGCGGUGGCGUCGGCGGCGGUAGUCGGAGCGCGCGCUCUUCUCUCCUUUUCGCCGGGCAACGCGCACGCCGCUGGCGGACCGCGUAUAACGUCAACACUGCACGCGAGGCGGGCAGCUUGCGCCCGGGCUCUGACUCGGCUGCGGCGAGGAAACACGUUUCGGUGUCCGCCAGUGGUGUGGCCCAUGGAGGUCGUCGUGACGGCGUCGUCAGCUGGGCCGGAGCUGUGACCCUCGGCUCGCUUCUUGUUCAUUACUUUUUAAGUUUCGCUCAAGUUUGUCUCCGAGCCUGAACGUUUCGGGGGGCGCCGCGGAAUCGUCAGUGCACGUGUUUAUUUUUAUUUUAUUUUUUUUUUGUUUUCCGGGGGGCGGUCCACGGUCUCGUCGAGCGAUACGAACGGUGCCAUACUGUGUCAUCCUGUGGCGGCCGGUUGUUGUUACGGAGCUGACCCUGCACAACGCAUCGUCGUCUGCUAGAUUCUGCUGACUGCCUGCUGCUGACUCUGACCGAAAGUGAACGUGGAUAACGAAAGCGUGCGCUAGGCUACGCGCGUUCACUUUGGGACCGGUGCUGCCGUACUUGAACGGUGUGAGGGACUCUUGUCAAGAGGAAUCGUCGCUGUCGACGGCAGCUCACUGACAGGCCGGGACGGCAAGCGACGCUGGCGUCAUGACGGGAGCGGAUGACCAGUGCUGUUUGGAGGCGUCGUCUGCUACCGGACGUGCGCCCAUCAGGCAGCUCCACCGCGGCGUGGUCUGCAGAGACGGUGCUUCUCCGCAUCUUGUGACAUGGCUGCUGGUGUCGGUGCUCUUUGUGCUGUGCUUAUUGGCCGCCGAGAACCGCGUGGACGCGAGACAUUUCACGGCGGACGAGCUACUGCGGACCAAGUUUCCGAUGAGGGUCUCGGACGACCUAGACCUUGAUCCCUGCAAAUCAGAGCUCGUGAUGGGCGACAUAGCCAUGUCGCGGGAAACGUACCGGCGGCGAAGCCGGCAGGCCAAGCUCGGGGUCGGCAUCAACAUUACGGACAGGGGCCCCAGGUUCCGCAGCAAACGGCGGCGACACCGGCACCGGGAGCGCGCGGGCAAGAACCGCCGACGCGUCCGCGCCGCCACUGCGAGGCCCGAGAGGCUCUGGGACCACGCCGUCAUCCCCUACGAGAUCGAGUCCAACUUCAGUGGGGACCACCGAGCGCUGUUCAAGCAAGCGAUGCGCCACUGGGAGAACCACACGUGUAUCAAGUUCGUGGAGCGUGGGCCCGAACACCAGCACUACAUCGUCUUCACCGAGAGGCCCUGCGGAUGCUGCUCGUUCGUCGGAAAGCGGGGCAACGGCGCACAGGCGAUCUCCAUCGGCAAGAACUGUGACAAAUUCGGCAUCGUGGUGCACGAGCUGGGCCACGUGGUCGGCUUCUGGCACGAGCACACGCGGCCUGACCGCGACCAACACGUCGACAUUGUCACCCGCAACAUCAUGACCGGCCAAGAGUACAACUUCAACAAGCUCACCGAUGAGGAGGUCAACUCGUUGGGCCUGGCGUACGACUUCGAGUCUAUCAUGCACUACGCGCGCAACACGUUCUCCAAGAGCACGCACCUGGACACCAUCCUGCCGCAGGAGAACGCCACCACGAGGCACCGUCCCGAGAUCGGCCAGCGCGUACGUUUGUCGCACGGCGACAUAUCGCAGACCAACAAGCUCUACAAGUGCCCCCAGUGCGGCCGUACCAUGCAGGAGCCGAGCGGCCUGAUCGCGUCCCCGGAGCUGGUGAACAGUGUGACGCCGCUGGCCGAAGGCGAACACUGCGAGUGGCGCGUCACGGCCACGCACGGGGAGCGCAUCGUGCUCAACGUCACCCAGCUGGACAUCUACGAGUCGGACAACUGCGAGACCGACUACGUCGAGGUGCGCGAUGGAUACUGGCACAAGUCGCCGCUGCUCGGUCGCUACUGCGGGACGGGACGCAUACCGGAAAUGCUGCUAAGCACAGGGUACCGCAUGCUCAUCGUCUACCGGACCUCGAGCAACCAGAAUGGACACGUUGGCUUCCGGGCUUACUACGAAGCGGUGUGCGGCGGCGACGUGGUCAUGGAGGAGGGCGUCCUUCAGAGCCCCAACUACCCGGACGACUACCGGCCGAACAAGGAGUGCGUCUGGAAGAUAACUGUGCCGGAAGACUACCAGGUGGCGCUAAAGUUCCAGUCCUUCGAGGUGGAGAAUCACGACAGCUGUGUGUACGACUACCUGGAGGUCCGCGACGGCCAUGAUGCGAGCAGCCAGCUGCUGGGAAAGUUCUGCGGCUACCGGACGCCCGAUGACCUGCGUUCCACCACCAACCGCAUGCUCGUCAAGUUCGUCUCCGAUGGAUCGGUCAACAAGGCUGGCUUCUCGGCCACAUUCAUGAAAGAGUUCGACGAGUGCCAGAACACACAGCAUGGCUGCGAACACGAGUGCGUCAACACCCUGGGCGGCUACCGCUGCGAGUGCAACAUCGGCUACGAGCUACACUCGGACGGCAAGAAGUGCGAAGACGCGUGCGGCGGCAUGAUCGAGGCAUCGAAUGGGACCAUCACGAGUCCAUCGUUUCCGGACCUGUACCCGUCCAACAAGAACUGCAUCUGGGAGAUCGUCGCCUCGCCCCAGUACCGCAUCACGCUCAACUUCACCCACUUUGACCUCGAAGGGAACAACCAAGACUGCGAGUACGACAAGGUGGACAUCCUCAGCAAGAUGGGCGACAACACGAUCCGGAAGCACGGGCUCUUCUGCGGCUCCUACCUGCCACCCAUCAUCACCUCCGAGGGCAACAGCCUGCGCAUCGAGUUCAGCUCGGACAACUCGGUCCAGAAGAGCGGCUUCGCGGCGGUUUUUCUCACGGAUAAGGACGAGUGCGCUCACGACAACGGUGGCUGCCAGCACAUCUGCAAGAACACUGUGGGCAGCUACAUGUGCGCCUGCCAAAAUGGCUUCGUGCUCCACCCGAACAAGCACGACUGCAAAGAAGGCACGUGCACGCACCAGAUCAGCGCCCCGCUGGGCGAAAUCAACAGUCCCAACUACCCGGACGCCUACCCGAGCAGGAAGGACUGCGCCUGGCUCUUUACCACCACUCCCGGGCACCGGCUCAAACUGAUUUUCAACGACUUUGAGCUGGAGCCGCACCAGGAGUGCGCGUACGACCACAUCUCCCUGUACGACGGCGACAGCACAGACGCCCCGACGCUGGGUCGCUUCUGCGGGGCCAAGGUGCCCCACCCAAUUCUCUCCACCACCAACCGCAUGUACAUGGUGUUCAAGAGCGACGCCUCCGUGCAGCGCAAGGGCUUCAAGGCGUCCCACUCGACGGCCUGCGGAGGGCGGCUGCUGGCGACCGGGCGCACCGUGGAGCACCUCUACUCCCACGCCAAGUACGGCGAUCAGAACUACGAGAACCGCGAGGACUGCGACUGGCUCGUCGAGGCCGAGUCCGGCCGCGUGCGCCUGCGCUUCCUCACUUUCGAGCUGGAGCACGAGCAGGACUGCGGCUACGACUUCGUUCAGCUCUUCGACGGCUACGACGACUCGGCUCCCCAACUGGGGAAGUUCUGCGGGAAUAAGAUGCCGGGCGAGUUCACGUCCAACUCGGGCUCCCUGCUGCUUCGCUUCCGCUCGGACGACAACAUCAACGCCAAGGGCUUCUCGGCCGCCUACUCGGCCGUGGACACCGGCGAGUCCGGCCAGCAGCACGCCCCCACGGCGCCGCCGUUCCCGGCCGGCGCUUCCGGCUCGUUCUCCGAAGUGCGCGCACCGCACCACCGGGAACGAAAGCUCAGACUGCACCGCCACUGAGGCACGCGCAUCGGCACCUACCACAGCCAGCGAGCGGCGCCAGGGCGCCGCCCAAGCCAUAGUCACAACACACAGUCCACAAUCAUCCCCGCCUGCUGCGGAUCGCGCGUGUAGUUUACACCCUGUCUGGACAACACCACGUUUCUUUCUUCUUUCUUUAUUAGUCUGCCACCCACGAAUGUGCGUCAAGCGCGUGUGGCGGACAAGUGAAUCGUGAACGGCGGAGGCGCGCCGCCCCUUUGUGACACGCAGUCCCCGAUGAUGAUGAAGGCGGUUGCGUCUGUUGGGCUCGUGAGCAGCGUGUAAGCGGUGGGAUCCGUCCGCCGCGUUGAUGGGAAGCAGCUUUCUGUGCUCUGUGACAGAAGUGCGACUCUUCCUGUGAUGCUUGUUAGUUAUUUCCUUUUUUUUAUCUUCUUUUUUUUUCGACCGCCCUCGGAGCUUCCUCUCUGUUGGCACACGUAUGCUUUGCGUUAGCGCACCUUCAAGUACGUUUUUUGUACGUAGUACCAAGAGCUGGCAGUAGCCGGUCUCUCUUUUACGAGCGAUUGGUUUGAAGUUUGUUCACUAUGGGGAAAAGGUGUCCCUGCAUGGCUUUAGUCACGGUGCGAUUAGUUUUACUCGACUAGAGAGGCAGGUAUUCUGCACAGCCCGACAAGGCAGCUUUAUUUUCCGUCUACACGCGUUCGUGUGUUUUUCAGGGUGCUUCUCGUAUUUUCUUUUCGUGAGCUUACCGCGACGUUUGCGUUGAGUAAUUGCGCUAUACAUUCGAUGUGAUGCCGAUAAUAUUCACAGCUUGCGUCAUUUACUGUAGAGAUGUAUCGUGAGAGCUUUUCUUGACGCAUAUCACAGUCCAAUACGCGCUGACAAUACAACACUCCCACUUGGAUGCUUAAAGCCUUCUUGUGGACGUUUAGUUCGUUUUCAAUCGUGCUUCUCUCCUCGUGGCAAACAGCGCAGUUUUUGUUCAGCAGACUAUGGUUGCGAGUGCUUUCGGGUGCUAAGUGCACUUCUAUGAGGGCUUUAUAUGAAAGCAAACUCAGCGGUGCGAGGCAGAUGUGUCUCAGCCACCAGGUCACAUUCUUCAGAAAUACUUCAGAAAGUCUGACCGGGUCCCUCGAGCCGUCUUGUUGGCAGCUAUAUAUUUUACCUGGCCGAAGUUAGGCGAUAAUGGGGGGGGGGGGGGGGCAUUUUCCGAAUAAUGGCAACAGCACUUGCGUUUAGUUGUUGUACAAAGAGCGCAGAGUGAUAGCCAGAACUAAGCAACAAAUGGAGAAAAAGAAUUACAACAAAAUGUAGCCACAAUAAAAAUUUUGAGAUUACUAUAAUGGUGUGACCAUUUGAGUCGCGAAACGCACCUAAAUAUGAAUAAAUGACGGCUCUUGCAACAAUUCGUCCACGCUUCCGUGCGAACGCGGGCAAGCUCUGUUCUGUUGAAACGAUGCCGAAGAGUAUUUCGUGCGCGCGGCUGCGUCCGCGCACUAAAUUCCUUGUGAAAUAAGCACCGUGCACAGCGAGCGUCUUGGAUGUAUUUUUGGUACCUAUGUUUGUCGUUGUCCCUAGCAUUGAACGGCGUUGGGGGAAAAAAUCGCGUUGGUAUCCGUACGUUAAACAAGCGAAUGAGCCACCCCCUCCCUUUACCCACCCACUCACCUACUUACUUUUUUUCUCUCUCUUUCUGUCAGAGUAAGCAAGACUGCUGCCUUAGCCAUUGUGGCAUGGAGUUGAGUUUACCGGCACCACAAUGGCAGAAAUGCUGUGUACUCAAGCAUCCCUGUUAGUCCAUACACGCGCAGGAAUCGCUCCCGUGACCCGGCGAAGGGAAGUUUCUCGUCAGCAGUACAACGGGGGCCAUUCUUUUCGGGCAGUUAGAGGAGUACGGGGUUUAACCGAACCGAAUUAAACAGAUCGCCUCUUAGUCUGCCUAAAGAACGUUCCGUUAGGGUUCCGAAAACGUUGGCUCUCGAAAGCGACUGCCCCCACCGUGACUACUUCCCAGAAUGCUGAGCGCAUGCAGCUACUUAACUUCAAGUGCCGCGGCGUUUUUCAUGAAAAUUUUCGCGGGCAGCUCUGCGCACUCAACAGAGCUUCCAUGGGUCUUGGCAUCUGUGCCGCUGUCUCCACUGUAAACCCGCUGCCGGUUUCCCUUGCCACCCACCUCCCCUCUCUUUUCCCCCUUUUCGUAUACUUUCACUCGUGCAAGGGCACGGCGCUAAGUUUCUCGACUGAAUCCGUCGCAACCUCUAUAGAUGUCAGAAUGCCAUGCGCUUGCAGAAUUUAUCAUCCUGCUGAUUCACGAAAUUCUCUCGCCGUGCGCGCGCCAGUUUCGCGUUAUAGUUGCAAACGUGCCUGUAUAGCGCAUACGAGACCCGAUUUCCACUACCACCUGCUUUGCUAUACUGCAUCACAUCCGCCGCUCGCUAGUUCUCCUUCGGUGAUGAAGUAUAAUACCCAUAAAAUAAAGGACGCUUGAUGCUGGAGAAGUGCGCCAGGAUUGCUUCCCCCCCCCCUUUUACUGUUUUUUUUUUUUUCUUCGUCUUUGCGUGUCGCGGAGAAUCAACACCCCGCGUAGGAAAUCUUCCAGUGCUGAAGCUCGGCGCUCUCCUCCCGGCAUGAGUGGCUCGAAGAAAAUUCCCCAGUCAGUCGUUGCUUCCUGAGCAUUCUCGCAUGUAUCCGCAGUGUGCGUGCAUUCCGCUCGCGGGGCAGGUAUUCGCGCUGUGAAAAAAUUAAAGGGAUUAAAAUAUACCGUAUUCAGAAUAAGAAGAAACUUGACGGUUGCGUUGAUUUUUUUUACGACAAGUGCGCCGUUUCGGUAUCGUAUGACUUUGAAUUAACCGCAUGCCUAACGCUGGCGGUGAGAGCUCCAAAUGCUUCUCUCUAUCUUGCAUUGUUUCGGUUCUUGAGAACGCACAUUUCCACAGUAACACCGAGUGGCUGGCAACGUUUUUAGCUGUGUGGCCGGUGGUGCUUCGAAUAAAACACUGCGCGCGCACGCGCUAACACACACAGACAGACAACACGUGUACGUAUAGCGGCACGGUGCGGAGCGCUGGCGCACACUUUCCACCCCCUCUCUCUCUAUCUGUCUCUCUCUAUCUGUCUCUCUCUCUCUCUUUUAUCAACUCGGAACCCAGAGCCGAGCGCGAUGAACUAAUCUCUCCUCGACUUGUAAAUAAAGUGUAGCUUGACAGACGUGCUUUCUCCCCCUAUUUUAUUAAUCGAGCACGGUGUGUGUGUUUUGGGGGAGGGCGAAGCACACGUGAUUUCGUGACCGCCGGGAAGCGCACGAUUCUCGCUCGCUCGGCGCCGCCGGCUGUUUCGGAUCAGCGCAGCUGUUCUCGACUUUAAUUUCUAAUCUUGCGCUGAAGCCGUCCUCUUCUCCAAGACUGCGCGCCAGAUUUUGUAACAGUGAAACGUCUUCAGCGUGCUAACCUGCGUGAGACUGCAGUUACGAUUGAUUUGUGCCCAGGGUGGCACGAGAUUUGGGGAGAGCAGAAGGUGGGUGGGGGUUAGAGAGGUAAUAUUUCAAUUCGCUUUCUUCUAAUUUCGUAAACCAUGCGUUUCACACACACACAGAAACAGCGCAAGGAUGUCUCCACUUCGCUCUGCUGUUUCCCUUCGCUCUCGCAUGUAAUAUAACUGCUAUGCGAUUCACGGCGCCCGCGGGAACAACAACAAAAUAGGAGAGGAAUGUAAAUACGAGUAACGCACAUAGUAAUGCGCGGUGAAGCGAGAUGUUACGAGGCUUACGCGUUUGUGAGACAUACCAGAUCCCUUAACCCAGUAAAGCGUGCUAGUAUGGUGUGUUUCCGCCUGAUGACAUAUCGCGUGAGAGUCUUUUUUUUUUUCUGCUUUGCAAACUAUAUUUAGUGUGCGUGUGGAAUGCUCCUAGCUUUUGAUGUUCGUCUUUCCUCGCGGUUGGGCUCGCUUGUCCCCACAGACGCUUAGUACCACGCGAUGAUGGCCAUGAGAAAGGAAAUAUAUAUAUAUAUACAUACACGAUAAUUAGAUGAGAGCCGGCCCCGACCACAACAGCACUCGGUCCGGAAAAUGUACUUCGGAGAGAUUUAAUUUUUUUUUCAACUAUUCGAUGCAGUGUAAGAAAUUGCCUCUCGGUGCUCGUCCUUUAUUUCGACCCCUUUUACUCGCUUGCUUUGCUGAGUUUUGCUGAAUUGACCUAAUGCACUGCUUUUUCACGAUGUGGCCAAGAGCUGACCUUUUUUUUUUCUUUUUUUUUUUCCUUCUGCCUACGACGGCGCACAGGAGCAUCAUAAAGAACAACAAAGAAAAACAGGGGGUAAAAACCAGUACCGCAAGCAGGCUGGAAGCUUGCGCAUUCUAUACAAAAGCGCCGUCAUGAUCCUAUCGACAUGCGCUGUGUAAUGAGCUUAUAGCUAUCGCCGUUGUUCACUUUUUUUUUUUUCGAUAUCAAAGCCAGAAAAAUGAGCAAACGUGGCUACUGCAUUUUGGUUGCACCUGCAUAGGAACACACUUUCACACCAUCGCACAACUGCGGCUACUGUAAAUUUCACUCGUCUUCAUGAACCCUUCCCCCGCCCCUUUUCCCCAUUCACCCCUCCUCCUCCUCCUCCUCAUUCUGCGCUCGUUCACCGUGCAAAAUAGUUUCUACGAUAGUAUUCUUCCGGUGCCUGUAGCGAGACCCUUCAUGCAUUGCUCGUGCUUCGAGUUGUUGCUGUUGUUGCCUCAAAACAACAACAACUCGAGUAUAGUGUUUACCUGGCGCCGUUAACAUCCUUUUCGUCAGCGUUCACCUAAUUAAUACCGAGGUCGCACAACUCGGACUUCGUUGUAUAGCAUACACACUUCGUCUCAUAGGUAUAUGUCUAUUUUAUAGCGAGUACAGCUUUACUUACGACACAUUGUCUCACUACGCGUUAUAUCCCAGGCACAAGUUACACCCGCAGUGUUACACUCGCAGUGUUGCACUGCGGCCCCGGUGCUUGUGAUCUUCGAUGCGAUUUUUCGCUUUGAGUUUGUUUUACUUUGCCCUCUCUCUUUCCGCCUCCACGCUUUAUUAUUAUUUUUUUUAUCGUUCUUCCUCGUAACAAAGGUCAACAAAGUGCCCGGUGUGCUUGCGAUCCAUACGAACGGUCUACUCUCAUCCUCACACGUAGUGCUUAGCAUUCCCAUAUACCUUCACGCGCGCACUGCAAUGGAAUGACGGGAGACGCUUCGCCGCCUUCACGGCGGAGAUCCCGCAGUUCAACUUGUCUUUUUUUUUUUUACAUACAUGGAUAUUUUAAGCAUACCUGGCAGCUGAAGCCCCGUUCUGCCUUCACUCGUGUGGCACCUUAAUAAUCCUAGCGGGGAACCUGUCUCGACGGUCAAGAGCCGGUGAUAAUUUAUUUCGUAUACCGAUCGUCGCGCAAUCUGCCAUUCCCGAUAAGUGCUGCACCGUGGAGACUGUGUGAGCAUCGCCUAACCAUAUCUCUCUCUCCAAUCUGCUUCUCGUCAGUUGGCCUCCUGAAACGGCCUCGCUCGCUGGCAGAGUCCUUUCUUUUUUCUUUGUUCACGUGGCAGCUUUCAAGGGCAUUAUACUUAUAUCACAACGCUGCUGUGUCCGCUUUCCGCGCCCCUUUUGUUUGAUAUUUUUGAAUAAAAUAUACACUUGUGCACCCCUUCACCGACAUAUGAAUUAUAUAUCUAUAUAUAUAUAUGCAUAUGCAUAUCGCGUUGGGAGCAGCUGGAGCGCUGUCCACGCGUUCGGUUAAUUGAGGUUGCUUUUAUCUUCGUGGGGAAUUCGGUUGGGCAGACCGUCUCACGACGGUCGCGGGGCGGCUUGACUUCGUCCUGGUCCGUAGUUAUGUUGUGAGGUUGAUCACUUUUUUUUUUCAUUCUUUUUUCAGACACACAGUUUGAAAAAAAAAAAAAAAAAAAGCUGCGUGUCAAACAAGACGUCAUCAACGCCGCGCAAGAAUUAUGAGACAAGCAGUUAAAAAAAAAAAAGUUUGUGGCUCUGAGACGUGUUGUCUGCUAGUCCGUGGGCACCUGAACAGACAGUUGCAAGAGAAAAAAAAAAUGAGUCUGCGACAUCAAAGGUAGUGUCUACGCUGAAGGUCUUUUGGCCAAGUCUAUCUAUGCUUUCGGCAGGACACACUGGUCACGACGAUCAGUCCCUGAAGCUGUAGGCGCGUUAUUUCUUCCGCUACGCGGCAGGCCGUACCUUGCACUUGGGGCCGCUACAUGAAAUUUCUUUCGCGGGAGAGUGUUAAAGUCCGCAACAGCCAUUUUGAGAUGUCAUGCCGCAUUGUUUUCUUUUUACACUUGGAUUAGCUACAACUAUCAGUAAACGAUAAUAAUAAUAAUAAUAAUAAUAAUAGUAAUAACGCUGAGAAGUAAUGUUAUUUUGACAGGGAGAAGACAGCGCCAAAUAUAUUUGCAUACUUCCAUUCCCGCGUGUAAUUCAAUGCCUCCUUCGUCAGCACUGUGAAAUGAUGGGUCGUAAUUAUUGAGGCAAUAGUUAAGAGUAAUUCCCAGUGUCAGAAAUGUUGGCAUAGGAAAAAUAAAAAGAAACAAUCACAACUUCGGUCGGUGUUUCGGCUCUUUAACCUCCCAUCUUGUUGCGGUCCUGUAAGCGCGUGAAGUCGCGAAUACGUGCAAGAUAAAGCCACCGCGCAGCGCAAGCCUGUGCCGAAAAUGUUGCAGCGAUGUAAUAUAAUCCACUGAGGUUAUCGUACAAACGAUGACCCGUGUUACAUGAAAAAAGAAACAUAAGUAUUGGCUUCUACAUUAUCAUACAAGAUGCCGAGCGCAGCGACAUGUUGCGAAAACAACAAUGAAAAAAAAAGCUACAUUGCAAUAUAUAUUCCUUCAGUUGAAGCAAAGAUGACACCUUGGGUUUGUGAGGAAUGUGUAUGUGUCCGCUUGCUCUUGCAGAGUGCUUGUCGCCACGGAGCCAUGGCACACGUAUGCAUGUCAGCUUGCCAUUGUGUGACGUUCCGGACAAGUUCGUGUCGCCAGCCACAGGAUUGCACGCUUGCAUUGCUACGAGUGUAAGCAGAAUGUGAAACGAUGUAACGCUAAAAUAAACGUGUGUGUUAUUUUCUA